UCAACGAUGUCUUUGAUUUGCGGAGAGGCCGCCGGCCCCCUUCUAUCAGAGCCCAUCUUAAGUUUAUACAAAUCACCCAUGUCAGAUCGGCCACGUCCUUCGGUAAGGAAGAAUGCCAUCGGCAAGAGGAAAAACAAACGCUACAUAAGCAAAGCUGAGGGAUGUGCGUUUCUCACAUACUUCAAUCCAGAAAGCGCGUCAAACGCACAAACAGCGCUACAUGAAAAACGGACACUACCUGGGAUGAACCGAGCAAUACAAGUGAAGCCGGCGGACAGCGAAAAUAGAGGAGAUCGGAAGCUGUUCGUUGGAAUGCUCAGCAAACAGCAGACGGAGGACGAUGUCCGGCAGUUGUUCACGCCGUACGGCACUAUAGAAGAGUGCUCCAUACUGCGUGGACCUGACGGCGCGAGUAAAGGCUGUGCAUUCGUUAAGUUCAGCUCACAUCAAGAGGCGCAGGCAGCAAUCACCAGCCUGCACGGGAGUCAAACUAUGCCGGGUGCCUCCUCGAGCUUGGUGGUGAAGUUCGCGGACACUGAAAAAGAGCGUCAGCUUCGUCGCAUGCAGCAGAUGGCUGGCAACAUGAGCCUGCUCAAUCCUUUCGUCUUCAACCAGUUCGGCGCGUACGGCACCUACGCGCAAGUCAUCACUGAGCAGUUUGAAAUCCCACAGCAACAAGCAGCGCUGAUGGUGGCGGCGACGGCGCAAGGCUACCUCAGCCCCAUGAGCCUCGCCUCGCACGCGCUCAACGGCAUGCCAAACUCGGUCGUGCCUCCCGCCUCCGAGAACUUCUCCGGUCUGGCGAUAGGCACAGGCGGCGGGCAGCCGCUGAGCGGCGCCCUGCCGUCUCUGCCCUCGCCCACCAUGCCUGGCUUCAGCAUGGCUGCGCAGACCAACGGCCAGCCACCACCGCAGGAUGCCGUUUACACCAACGGCAUCCACCAGACGUUCACUGGACCUGUCCCAGUGACGGCACAGGGCCUGGCCAAUGGCGAAGCCGCGGCGCUGCAGCACGCCGCUUUCUCCGGCAUGCAGCCCUUCCCCGGCGUCGCUUACCCAGCGGUUUAUGGGCAGUUUCCGCAGCCUAUUCCACCUCCGAUGUCCACCAUAGCACCAGCGCAGAGAGAAGAUUUUCUUAUGUUCCCAGGAUGUUCCAUCUCAGGGCCUGAGGGCUGCAAUCUUUUCAUCUACCACCUGCCGCAGGAGUUUGGUGAUGCGGAACUGAUGCAGAUGUUUCUGCCGUUCGGGAACGUAAUCAGUAGCAAGGUGUUUAUCGAUCGUGCCACCAAUCAGAGCAAAUGCUUCGGAUUCGUAUCUUUCGACAACCCAGCAUCUGCCCAGGCUGCUAUCCAGGCAAUGAAUGGGUUUCAAAUUGGGAUGAAACGACUAAAGGUCCAGCUGAAGAGACCCAAGGACGCCAAUCGGCCUUACUAACCCAAAACGCCGUCCCUGCGCGCUUAUGUCGUGCCCAUGGCGGCGGCGGCGGCGGCGGCCGGAAUGUUCCUCUCGCCAGAGGCGCUCUUGUUCGCGUUCUAUCAACAAUUCCAAGGAAUUUAAUACACUUAACAUAGUAUAGUAAAUAUCAUUACCUACAGUACUAACCUAAACCUAUGCAAGCCCACUCGGCUAAUAUAUUAACUUAGUUAAAUGUAAUUUAUCGA